AUGCGUUGCGGAUCACUUUCCUUGCUACUUAUCACAUGUCUCUUCUCUCUCGCAUACACAUAUGCCAUUACUGGUGCAUCUGGUGCUGUCGAUACAUCGACCGGUGAGCGGCCAGCUCGUCAAGAGUUCAGGUUGUUCACAGUCUCUGGCGCAGCUUUUGAUCUGUACAUACUUGCCCUUCAACAACUUACACAAGAGGAACAAAAUUUUCAAUUGUCAUUCUUCCAGGUCAGCGGUAUCCAUGAUCGCCCUUACAUACCCUGGGACGGCGUCAAUGGUCAAUACGAAGCGGGCUACUGCACACAUAGCUCAAUCCUCUUCCCCUCCUGGCAUCGACCAUAUCUAGCGCUUUUUGAACAACUCCUCUGGAACAAUGCUCAGAACAUUGCCGCAACAUAUCCAUCUUCAUUGCGCGCUCAAUAUCAGUCUGCAGCACAGUCUCUCCGCAUUCCAUUUUACGAUUGGGCACUUAAUAGUACGAUGCCAGAUCAGACUAAUGAGCCAAUGAUCCUUAUCAACACCCCGGACGGCCUUCGUAAUAUCAAAAAUCCACUGUACGACUAUACAUUUCAUCCCCAACCGAAUCAUUCAGACUUUCCCGAAUCAGAUGGCCAGGCAAGCCUUUGUUUGCCUCAGUACGUUGAAUACGCAGACGGUAAUUCUCAGCCCAAUAUAUCCAACAUGAUGCUGGAAGCCAACGCCGACGCUAUACGCUCAGGCGUUUACAAUCUCAUUUCAAGUCAGCCAGAUUAUGCACCUUUUUCCAAUACGGGGUUUGUUGAUGAUAGAGGAAAUCGCUAUGACUCGAUUGAGAACAUUCACAAUGGUAUACAUACGCUGAUUGGAAACGGCGGUCAUAUGGCCAUCGUUCCAUAUUCUGCGUUCGAUCCUAUCUUCUGGUUGCAUCAUACGAAUGUCGACCGCUUGAUCGCAAUCUGGCAAGCCAUCUAUCCCGAUUCUUGGAUCAAUAGUUCCGAAGUCACGGCGGGAGGCACAUUCACUGACGCCCCCGGCAGUUCAGAGGAUGCAAAUACAGGUGCGUUUCUUUAUGAUAGCAAUCACGAUCUCCCCUUGAAUUAG